AUGACAUCUAAGCAGCUUGGUUCCACAGCAGGCUUUCAGCUGCCAGUCACAGCGCACCUGGCUUUCUCCCACGCUAUGGUGUGGAUGGGCUUCCUCUCUAUUUACCUUCGAGAAGUGACAAAAGCCAAAGAACCUGAUCCUUCCCUUCUGCCUGAGGAACUGGUUAAAAACCAGGCAGUAACUGGACCUCAGACCAUUGUGGAGGUUCAUGACUUAUUACAGGACUAUGAGCUAAAGUAUUGCUAUGUGGACAGGAAUAAGCGAACAGCUUUUGUUACGUUACUGAAUGGGGAGCAAGCACAGAGCGCGAUUCAGCGGUUUCAUCAGUUUUCUUUCCGAGGCAGAGAGUUAAUAGUGCAGCUGCAGCCCACAGAUGCUCUGUUGUGCAUUACCAACCUGCCCAUCUCUUUCACGUUGGAAGAGUUUGAAGAACUUGUCCGAGCAUAUGGGAACAUCGAGAGGUGUUUUUUGGUCUACAGUGAAGUUACUGGCCACUCCAAAGGCUAUGGGUUUGUGGAGUACAUGAAAAAAGACUUCGCUGCCAAGGCUAGACUGGAGUUAUUGGGCAGGCAGAUGGGAGCGUCGGCACUCUUUGCACAGUGGAUGGAUGUUAAUCUGUUGGCUUCGGAGCUCAUCCAUUCUAAGUGCCUUUGUAUAGAUAAACUGCCCAGUGACUACAGGGAUUCAGAAGAGCUCUUGCAACUUUUCUCUGGUAUCCAUAAACCUGUGUUUUGCGAGCUUGCACAGGAUGAAGGAGGUCAUGGUGGUGGCUUUGCAGUGGUUGAGUAUAGCACUGCGGAGCAUGCCGAAGAGGUUCAGCAAGUGGCAGAUGGCAUUACCGUCCAGGGGAGCCAAGUCCAACUGUCCUUCUGUGCCCCAGGAGCACCAGGGCGAAGCACUCUAGCAGCCCUCAUAGCUGCUCAGCGUGUGAUGAACAGUAGUCAAAAGGGACUCCUGCCAGAGCCAAAUCCUGUCCAGAUUAUGAAAAGUCUGAACAAUCCUGCCAUGUUACAAGUUCUUCUGCAGCCCCAGCUGUGCGGACGAGCAGUUAAGCCAG